AGCGCCUCGCCAGGAGUUCGUGCGUCCGCAGCCCCGGUGGAGUCUUUGCUCGCGUCCAGAGCGUUCUCCAUACUAAACCUUGGGAAAAUGUCCAGUCCAGUACCCAUCGUUUCCCCAGAAGAUCUGGAGAGGAUCACCCUGACGAGGACAGGGUUUGGCUUCAUUCUCAAAGCUUUCCACAUACCUCGGAAUGCUGACGUAGUCUUGAAGCUGUUGACUUGCAAGAACACAACAGAGAGAGACUUGAAAGCACUGCUUGAAGAUGUCACUGGCAUCCGACAUGUUCAUUGUGAAAGGCUCAUGCCUCCCAUUGGUAUCUGCCAGUUCCAAGGACUCCUCGGGGUUGUUACUGAGUGGAUGCACAACGGAUCGCUCCAUUCCCUCAUCCAUGAGCAUGAACUCUAUCCGGAUUUGCCUUUUCCUCUGUGCCUAAGGAUCCUGACAGAUGUGGCUGAAGGCCUCAGCCAUCUACACAACUUGGAGCCUCCCAUCCUUCACCACGGCUUGAAACCUUCCAAUGUCCUCCUAGAUCUUGAUUACAGAGCUAAGAUAUCAGAUUACAGCCUCCCAACCUGGAGAAGGCAGCAGUUAAGAUCUGUCCUCCAGAACUGCGACAACAGAAGUUGUUGGGAUUUGCUCUACCUGUCCCCUGAAAUUGUCCAGGGAGGCAGCUUCUCACAAGAAGGUGAUAUUUACAGCUUUGGAAUGGUGUGUUGGGAGACCCUAAGCAGACAGAAGCCAUUGGAAGGCAAGAAGACCCUGCUUGAGGCUGUGACUGGUGUCUGCAGUGGAGUGCGCCCUGGGCUGGAAUCAGCAUUUAUUCCCAAUGGCCUGCCUCAUCGAAACAAACUGCUGCAGCUGGUUGCUCUUUGCUGGCACCAGGAGCCCCAUUAUAGGCCACGUGCUGCAGACUGCAUGGUGCAGCUACAGGACAUUCUUGGUAUGUUUAGAAAGGAGAUGAUUUCUGAUGCGAUCUACAAUCUGAUUCACGCCAAGGACUGUGUAACAGAUGCUGCCAAAAGCCCAAAUGCUCAUGCGCUUGAAAUUGAUUUGCGCAACUUGGAGGCAGUCAGUCCCCAGCACAAGACCAGGCUCACCAAAAAGACUAGUUUAGAAGGACAGAGCUUGCCUGGCAGCCACCUUGAAAGUGACACACACGAGCAAGAAAAAGAAGUGAAGCAGACACUGUUUGCCACCCCUCCUGAUACAACCCUGGAAAAAGGUCCUCCAGCAUGUGACAUCAAAGGAUUUGGCCCUCGCCAUUCCUUACCCACUCUACUUCCAUCGGAUCCAAGUGACAAAGUCACCUUUCCCUUGCGCAGAAAAUCUGAGGGUUGUCAGCAGCCGCUGCCUGUGCUGGGAGCAGAUCGCAGCCCUUCCAACAGCAACUUUCCCUAUGCCUGGCCCGGACGCUCAUUCGCAGAUCCAUGCUAUAGAGGAAACUGCUGUGCCAUCCUAGCCUGUGGGCGAGAAUCCAUCUUGAGCUUUAUGACAGAAGGGCGCCUGAAUCACAUCUUGGACGUUCUGCGCUCUCAGCAGAUCUUAUCCAGAACAGACUAUGAAACAAUCACUUCAUUCCCCACUGUGACCAGCCGGGCGCGUGCUUUGCUGGACACUUGCCUCAGCCUUGGAGAGAAAGCUGCCCAAACUGUGGUGGCUGUUCUGUCUGCCAGCAAGUGCAGCCCUUUGGCAAGAGGCAGCCCUUUGGCAAGAGGCGUCUGGACCAACAUGGUGAAUUGA